GAUUCACUGAUAAGAAAACCAGCUCUUCUUCCUGUUUUCUCCACUUUAUUGAAUCUCUUUGGGGAUAAACUCGUCUGAUUUUCACUGCAGACUCUCCUCGUCCAAAAGCCAUCAUGAAAAUAGCAGCUUUUAACAUCCAGAAGUUUGGAAGAAACAAAGUGUCCGACCCGGAUGUCCUCAAAAUCCUGAUCAAGAUCGUUUCUCGAUACGACAUCGUUGUGAUUUUGGAGGUCGUGGACAUCAGCGGAGACUCUGUGAAAACCUUGCUAGACGCACUCAACGAAGCGAACGGGAAGCAUCACUACACUCUGAAGAUCAGUAGCCGUCUGGGUCGAACACGAUACAAAGAGCAGUUCAUGUUCCUGUACAGGGAUGACCUUGUUGACCUUGUAGGCUCCUAUCAGUUUGAUGACCAGGUGACUGAGGGAGGAGACGUUUUCGCCAGAGAUCCAUACAUCCUGAGGUUCAGGUGUUUGAACACAGUGCUGAAGGACCUGGUGAUGAUCCCAGUUCACACCAAACCCGACGAUUCUGAGAAGGAGCUCGACGAACUGUACGAUGUUUUCCUGAACGUGAAGAAGAAGUGGAGGACUGAUAACGUGAUGAUCCUCGGAGAUUUUAACGCUGACGGGCUCUACGUCACUAAGAGAGAAAUGAAGGGAAUCAGAAUCCGCAGCGACAAAAACUUCCACUGGUUGAUCGCAGACGACGUCGACACCACGGCCAGCAACAAAAACGACCACACAUACGACAGGAUCGUGGUGUACGGAGACGACAUGCUGCAGGCCGUCGUGUCAAACUCUGCAAAACCUUUCAACUUCCAGAAGGCUUACAAACUCACCAUGGAGCAGACUCUGAAGGUGAGCGACCAUUACCCAGUGGAGGUGAGACUGAAGUCCGUCAACAACACUUCAGAGGAAGAGGAGGAUGAAGAGGAUGGUGUGUUCCCGCUGUUUCCCUUGACUCCUCCGCAGGACGAGGGUCUGCUGGAGCUUCAGAGAGGAAACCUGAUGCUGGAGAGAGAGAAGCUCAGCCUGGAGAUCCAGAUCCUCCGCAUGAAGGUGGCCAAGAUGAACGGCGGGAAUGAGAUUUAAACAAGAAACGAAACCACACAUUACCAGAAGAAAACAAUUUAAGUUGGCCCUGAUUUUAUUCUGGGUUCAAAACACUAUACCUCAGGCUCUUUACUGGACUGCUGCUCACAUCCCUCACUAAUAUGAACUGAGAACUUCUUUAAAGAGGCCCUAUUGUGUUUUUUGGGGGGUUUCCCUUUCCUGUAGUGUGUUAUACGUUGUUGUGCACGUAAAUUGUCUGAAAAGGUUAAAA